GAAUAGAUAACUACAUUACAGCACCAGUAAUUUUGCAGAUUUGCAAAAGCUUUCCGCCCAACUUUUUACUUUUGUCUCUGUAACCCACAAAGGGCAAAUGUUCUCCCGCCCCCACCCUAAUUUUACCAAUCAAUACAAUCAAUCUCUUCCAUAAACGAUACACACAGGUGUUAUAUAUAUAAAUAUAUAGCACGCACCCGGACACGUUGCCCUUACUGUUUCUUCCUCAGUUCCACUCAUUAUUAUUUCUGCUUUCUCCUUUAUUAGGGAUUAUAAUUUGGGAACGGAGGACUAAUCGUUAUCCUUAAAGAUUAGGGACCCGGGGGGAUAUUACAUGAAUUCUUGUUUUUUCUCCGUAAUUCGCUGAUGAUUUUGCGGUACCCAUUUCGUUUUACGGAUCUUCCCGCUUCAGAAACCCUAGAAAGUUGUAGGACAAGAAUUAGUUGGGCGCGUUCACAUGUCUUAGAUUUUGCUUUGACGGUUUGACUUGUGUGUUUUCGCUUCUGAGAGUUUGUUUUUUUUUUUUUUUUUUUUUUUGCAUUUAGUCGCUUUGUUCGGGUUAUUGAGGUUGGAAGGUUAUCUUGGGGGUUUUUUAUAGCCAUUCAAGAGGAUAUUUAUUGCUUGGUUGUGGUUUUGGAGUGAAAGAUUUUCUGGGUUUUGUUUAUUUGAGCAGAAAAUCUUGAAAUGGAUGGAUAUGGAGGUGGGGGAAGUACGCAAGAUUCAGCCGGGCUUCAGGAUCUUAGGCCGUUUGGUACAAAUUCGUCAGGGAAUGCUGUAUUUGAUGCUUCACAGUAUGAAUUCUUUGGUGGCGAUGUGGUGGAGGAAGUUGAGCUCGGGGGAUUAGAAGAUGAAGAGGAUAAUCUUCCUCCGGUUGGGCUCGAGGAAGAAGAAUUUCAAUUUGAGAAGGAGGAGGGAGAUGUUUUGGGAUCGCUAUCUGACAUUGAUGAUCUUUCAAGCACGUUUUCAAAGUUGAACAAAGUUGUCAGUGAGCCAACCAGUGGAGGAGUCAAUAGAGGCUGGGGAUCCAGAGAAAGUUCAUCUGCUGCUGAGUUGGCACAAGAUGCGGAUUUCGCUAAUUGGUUUGAUCAGCGUGCUUUUGAUGCCGAAGUUCAUGAAAGCAAAAAAUGGUCCUCACAUCCAUAUGCCUCUCCGCCCCAUUUUAUGGGAACCAAUUCGUUGCACCGGACAUCGUCAUACCCUGAGCAACAGCAGCAGUAUCCACCACAGCAGCCAAAGCUACAUCAUAACUAUUCUAGUGAACCAAUACUUAUUCCAAAAUCUUCAUUCACUUCAUAUCCACCCCCUGGUGGCAGAUCUCAGCAAGCUUCACCAAGUGGCCAAUCUAGCCAUCUUAAUAUUCCAUAUCACCCACCGAUUGCUUCGCCUAAUCUUUCUCCUUUCUCCAGUUCUCAGGUUCAUUUGAAUAACUUGUCUCAUGGACCACAGUUUGGUGGAAAUUUGCCUCAGUUACCUCAUGGUCUCCAAGUUAAUAGUCAACUCCAGAACCAAUGGGCGAGUAGGAGUAGUUUAUACCCUGGGAAUCAUUCUGGCCAUCCAAACAAUUUUUCACCCCAACAGUUAUCCCAUCAGAAUGGUUUACUGCCAGCACAGCUGAUGCCACCCCAGCAUUCCCAGCAAACAAGAAUGCAGAAUCCAUAUCAGUCAUCCUUUAGCCAUUUAUCAGGGGUGCAGUCUCAACUAUUCAAUCCUCACCUACCUCCAUCACCACCUCUGAUGAACAACUUCGAUAUGCUUGGGUUGCCAGAUUUAAGAGAUCAGAGAGCUAUGUCACUGUUGCGAAGUAGACAAGGGAUGCGUUAUCCUCAUCAGGGCUCUGAUUCUGGCAGCCAGAAAAGCGACAGCGGGUGGCCAAGGUUUAAAGCGAAGUACAUGACCGAAGAUGAGAUUGAAAAUAUUCUCAGAAUGCAGCUUGCAGCUACUCAUAGCAAUGAUCCUUAUGUUGAAGAUUACUACCAUCAAGCUUGCCUAGCAAGAAAAUCUGCUGGUGCUAAGCUGAGACAUCAUUUCUGUCCAACUAAUUUGAGGGAUGGUUCUUCCAAAGCUCGUGCAAGCAAUGAGCCACACCCAUUUCUCCAGGUCGAUGCUCUUGGAAGGGUUUCCUUCUCCUCAAUACGCAGGCCGAGACCACUUCUUGAAGUUGAAUCCGCUAAUUCAUCUGGUAGUGGCUGUGCUGAAUCAAAACUUUCUGAGAAGCCUUUGGAACAGGAGCCUAUGCUUGCAGCGAGGGUGACUAUUGAGGAUGGACUUAGCCUCCUACUUGAUAUUGAUGAUAUUGACAGAUUCUUACAAUUUAAUCAGUUUCCAGAUGGUGGGGGCCAGUUGAGACAGAGGAGACAGGUUCUGCUAGAAGGUUUAGCAUCGUCUCUUCAGCUUGUUGACCCACUAGGCAAAAAUGGCCACACUGUGGAUUUAGCUCCCAAAGAUGACCUUGUGUUCCUAAGGAUAGUUUCUCUUCCCAAGGGCAGGAAGCUCCUUGUGAGAUAUCUACAACUUCUUCCCUUCCGCAAUUUGAGGUUCUUAUUCGGUAACCUUCCUUCUGAUACUGGAGCGUCUGCGACAACUAGCAAUCUUGCAAAGACUGUGUCAGCCUGUGUCCAAGUUAUGGAGCUUAAAGCUCUUGCUGCCUGUCUUGCAUCAGUCGUGUGCUCAGCUGAGCAUCCUCCACUGCGUCCCAUCGGGAGUCCUGCCGGAGAUGGAGCUUCUGUUAUUCUUAAAUCUGUACUUGAGAGGGCAACCGAGCUGCUUACAGACCCACAUGCUGCUGGAAAUUGCAGCCCGCCUAACAGGGCAUUUUGGCAGGCCUCUUUUGAUGCAUUUUUUGGCCUGCUCACGAAGUACUGCUUUAACAAAUAUGACUCUGUUGUACAGUCGUUUCUCAGUCAGGGCCCAUCUGAGGCAACCAUUGGGGCUGAUGUAGCCAAAGCGAUUAGUAAGGAAAUGCCUGUUGAGUUAUUGCGAGCGAGCCUUCCGCACACAAGCGAGCAACAGAGGAAACUACUCCUAGAAUUCGCACAACGAUCUAUGCCUGUGUUGGGUUUUGGUGGUCAGAGUGGAGGAAGCGCUCAAAUGAACCCAUAAUGUUGUGAAUCAAGAGGCCUUAUAUUGGUUUCACUUGUUGUUGUUGGAUCUUAUAGGGGAGGAAGCUUGGUAUAAGGUAAGCCCCGAGCAGAGAAAAUGCUGGCGAUAGCUAGUAGAAAUUUGGUUUAUUUUUGGAGCAUUAGAGUCAUCAACGUCUUCAUUGCCCUGGCACAUGGUGGAAGGAAUUUUAAGUUUGCCAUCAUAUGUGUUUUUAAUUACGGUGAAGGGGUGUGAAAUCAGGUGGUUGUGAGUUGGGGAGCUUUAUUUUGAUGCUCUGUGGUGGGCGUCCCUGAAUAGUAGUAAUGGGGACUUGUUUAGAGAGUUUAGACAAAGAGUUGCCAAAGAUAAUAUGUCAUCUUUAUCCCGAAGCUUUUGUUGGAUGGGAAGGUACUAUUAGCUAUAUAUACUGUCUGAUAAAGAAGAAGUAUCAGCGUUUGCUUUCGCAUUGUUAAAUUUUCAUUUUCCGGAUUGAAAUAAUGUGAGUUGUGGUAAGUUUUUGUUGUCAAAGAGCUGUUGAGUUAAUUGUCUUGAA